CCGUAUUCCCUUUAUCCACGCUGUAUCUUUUAAGUUGCACUGUUGCACAUGUUUGUUUUCAUCUACCGUUUUAACUUCGAGUUCGUUCUACAACACCAAACUGAACCCAGUGCAGGAAAACAAAGCAAAGCAAAUGAGUUGCCCCCACCCACCAAAAACGCGUGUGCCCGACGCGUGUAUUGGGGGAGGUGGGGAGUCGAGGUUUUCCUUCUAGAUGGUUUCGGUGGUCCAUCGAUAUAAAUCAUUUUGCUUUCCUUUUGCAUCUAGAAGGGUGUGCUGGAUUAUUUUUAGCAUGCCUUCGGUUUUUUUUGGUCCUUCUAGAAAAGACUUCUGCCAGAUACUUUCAACCAGUUACUUUCUCCUUUAUGGAGGAGGUGCCUUGAAUUAAGUUAGAACUAGAAGAAGCGAAGCCCAUAGUGUCAAACAAGACAACCCACGUCCUCUCACUUCAGUUUUCCUGUUGAUAAGUGCCUGUGUCUCUCUUUUGUGUAUGUAUGUAUAGGAGGAGCACCAGUUUUUUGGGGGGUACCAAGUACCAACCCAUGCUUUCUUUUCUUUCCUAAACAUUAUGGACGUCAGAAAUCAUCUUGUGGAUGUCUCUUCUUUCUUUCUCUUUGAAGCCACCGGGACUCCCAAGAUAAUUGUGAUCCCGCCGCCGAAGGUGAUGUUGGCCACGUCGACAUUGCCAUGGCCGACGAUGAUGCAGAAUCGUGUAGCUAUGAUUUGUCCGAUGCUCCUAGAGAUAACGAGUUCGAUGAUUGUGAUCUUCAACCAUUUGUUCUUCAUGAAUCAUCUGACGACGAAGGCGACGACUGUGGACAUGAUGAGGAGGAGGAGGUCGAGGAAGAGGAGGGCCAUAGCUACCAAACAUGGAAUAGUGAACAUAAUUGGAAUCCGACAGGCAACCAGAAAUCGGGUGCUUCCGUCGAUUCAAGAAAAGAUCAGUUGAUGACAGAGGCGGAGAAGAGCAGGAGGUUCUGGGAGGCAUGCUUGGCUUCUUAAGUCUUUUGAGUUUAGUUUUCCCGAGUCUUUUUUCCAGUCUUUCGUACGUCUAGUUCAUGGUAUUCUUUCUUCUCUCUCUCUAGCUCUUGGUGGAUUUUUAAGGAGAAACGGCUAGGACAGGUAGGGGGCGGUGGUGGUUUGUUGAUCUAGAUUAGGUUUUAUUACAAUUGUACAUAACUUGUGCCAAUAGAUAGUUAGAUACGAUAACAUGAAUUGCCAUCUAGCAUUUUUA